AAUGGGCCAAUCCAAAACAAAUUAAUGGGCCACACAUCUCUUUCAAUACUUAUCUUUCAUUUUAAAAAAGACAAAAUUCGCAACAAAAAAACUCCAAAAAUUCUACAAUUAUCGGUUUCAACUGCAUUCCUAAAUCGCGGGAGUUCGAUUCCUCAGUAUAUACUUUUUCUCAUUCUCCCCUUUUCAUAUCUAAUCCACAAAAUUUUCUCACAACAAAUUACUAGUAUAUCUUCUUCAAAUUACCAAUUCAAUUUCAAAUUGAAAAUUAGGGUUAGGGUUUUCUACCAAACAAUCGAAAAUUUUCAAUGAUCAGCGAUGAAUGUAGAAGGAUUACAACGCAAAUUAGAGGGUUGGAUCAAAGAUCAAACUUCUAAGUUCCCGAAACUUCAACUUCCGCCAUUGCCGCAGUUUCGAGGUUGGGUAGGAGUGAAGUGGCCGCCAUGGUCGACUGAUCGAGAACAACGUAGGAAGCUUCAAGAAGAGUAUGAGAGAAGGAAGAAGCAACUUCAAGAUCUUUGUCGCGCUGUUAAGGCUGAAUCUGUUUCCGAUUUGCAGGAUAUUCUUUGUUGCAUGGUUCUUUCUGAGUGUGUUUACAAGAGGCCUGCAACCGAGCUAAUUCGAGCAGUAAACAAGUUCAAAGCUGACUUUGGAGGGGAAGUCAUUUGUUUGGAGCGUGUUCAGCCAUCUCUUGACCAUGUUCCUCAUAGAUACCUGUUGGCAGAAGCAGGUGACACUUUAUUUGCUUCUUUCGUUGGGACAAGGGAGUACAAAGAUGUGAUGGCCGAUGCUAAUAUAUUUCAAGGAGCUUUAUUUCACGAGAAUGACAUGGAGGUUAUGGAGGAAACUGAUAUAUCUGAGUCAGAUAUGUCCAAUGGACGAAAAGGAAAUGUAGAUUCUCUUGCAAAGACGGAAACUAAACCUAAGCAAUUGAAACACAAGCUGAGACCUGCCGCUCAUAGAGGUUUCAUGUCUCGGGCUAAAGGGAUACCGGCCUUGGAGUUGUACAGGCUCGCUCAGAAGAAGAAGCGCAAACUUGUCUUGUGUGGGCAUUCUCUUGGUGGAGCUGUUGCAGCACUGGCCACACUAGCCAUUUUGAGAGCUAUCGCUGUGUCUUCUCCAUUGAAAGACAAUGAAAAGUUUCAAGUCAGAUGUAUUACAUUCUCCCAGCCCCCUGUUGGGAAUGCAGCUCUCAGAGAUUUUGUUGAUCGAAAAGGAUGGCAUCAUUAUUUUAAGACUUAUUGUAUUCCAGAAGACUUGAUACCUCGUUUUUUAUCCCCAGCGUAUUUUGAUCAUUAUAAUAAUGCGCAGACUCCAUCAGUUGAUGGUGGUGAUGCUGCUUCAUCGUCAACUGGUGAUCAAGGGAAUGGUGGGGUGAUAUUAGAAUUUGGAAAGCUGAGAGAGAAGCAAGGCGAAAAACAGAAAGAGAAUGAAGGAGAGCAGUUGGUUCUUGGUCUUGGUCCUGUUCAGACCCCAUUUUGGAGAUUGUCUCGUCUUGUUCCUUUAGAGGGUAUUAGAAGACAUUUAACUGGAAAAAAAGGUGCAGAAGCUUCUGAUAAAGCACCCACUGUGGCUAAUUCUGAUCCUACAUCUGAUAAUGUAGCUGCACCACAAUCGUUAGAGAUUGAAGAAGGUUGUGAUAGUGUUUCUCUUAAGCCAAUAUCUGAAAAUGAUUUGAAAGUGUCAGCUUCAGAUGUUGUCAGAAAGGUACCUGAGAAAAGUGGCAACAAUGAAGGAGAUGGAAGAGCAUGGGGCAGAAUGCCUUCUUUACCGUCAUAUGUGCCUUUCGGCGAGCUGUACUUGUUGGGGGCAUCAUCAGCGGAAUCUCUAUCAGAUGCUGAGUACUCAAAGUUGACAUCGGUCAAAUCUAUGAUUGCUGAAUUGAAGGAUCUUUUACAAUCGCAUUCAAUGAGAUCUUAUAGAUCAAGAUUUCAGAGGAUCUAUGAUUUGUGCAUGAGUGACGGUCCUGCAUCUUUUCUGGGAAUUGAGCAGCUUCAGCAGUUUCCUCAUCUACACCAAUGGCUUGGGCUAUCAAUUGCUGGAACAGUUGAGCUUGGGCAUAUUGUUGAGUCUCCAUCAAUUUGUACUGCUACUUCAAUUGUUCCACUUGGAUGGACUGGCACUCCUGGAGAUAAAAAUUCAGACCCCUUAAAAGUUGACAUCGCAGGUUCUGGGCUCCAUUUGUGUAAAGUUCAGGCACAAAUAAAUGGUAACUGGUGUUUUACAACAGUUGAUACUCAUCCUCCUUCACCAACUUACUCAGAUGAAACACAGCCUGAAUUGGAUAAGAUGAGAGUGCUUAUUGGAGCUCCAUUAAAAAGUCCUCCAAAGCAUCAGAUUGUUCCUGAUGCGUUCACAGUUUUCCCUUCCAUUGAUUCUGAAUCCAUUAAUCUAAAGGCACAACAAAUGUUAGGAGCAUUGUCUAAAAGUAAAUUUUCCCAUCCUCCUGGGUUAAAUAAUCUUUAUAUAUAUUGUACUACCGACUUCACCACUGUUUCCAAAGAGGUUGAUGUUAGGACUCGCAGAGUGCGAUUAGUUGGUCUUGAGGGUGCUGGUAAAACAGCUCUUUUCAAGGCUAUUUUGAAUAAAGGUAGACAAUCAACUUCAACUGAUGGUGAGAGUAUGCAGCCCGAAGCAGAUAUUCAAGAAGGAAUUGCUGGCGGUUUGUAUUACAUGGACUCAGCCGGAAUAAAUUUACAGGAGCUGAGUACCGAGGCUUCUCGUUUUAGAGAUGAAUUAUGGACAGGUAUUCGAGAUCUUAGCAGGAAGAUUGAUUUGCUUGUGCUUGUUCAUAACCUUGCUCAUCAAAUACCUAGAUACAGUGAUUCCAAUGUGUUGCAACGACGACCUGCCCUCUGUUUUUUACUGGAUGAGGCUAAAGCCCUUGGUAUACCUUGGGUUCUUGCAAUAACUAAUAAAUUUUCCGUGAGUGCACACCAGCAAAGAGAGGCAAUUGAUGCUGUGUUGAAGGCAUAUCAAGCAUCUCCUGGCAAUACAGAGAUAUUAAACUCUUGCCCCUAUGUUAUUCACACAGCAGGCAGUUCUUAUGCCUCUUUGUCCAGUGUUGUUGCUAGAGAAGACACUAAUAGAGGGAUGGUUCCACAAGGUCUUGUUCUUGGCCCAUUAAAUUUUGUGCGGAAACCUUUCCAGCGGAAAGCCACUAUUCUUCCUGUGGAGGGUUUGGAUUCCUUUUGUCAGCUUGUUCAUCGUGAGCUCCGAAGAAAAGAGGAAUUAUCCUUUGAGGAAUUUGCAAAGGAUAAACUCUUACUAGAGCUCUCACAAGAUCAUGCUAAGGGGAUUGCUGGGAAGAAAGAUAUGCAGGACAAGGCCAACUCAAUGUCUGCAGCAACCGUUGGUGCAUCUCUGGGUGCUGGUCUUGGGGUCGUAAUGGCUGUUGUGAUGGGCGCUGCAUCUGCUUUGAGAAAACCAUGACAUCUUUCUGAGCAAUACCCAGCCUAAUAAAUAUUGAUAUACGUAUGUAACAUUAUUGUACAUAGUUGAUUUAUUGCUAAAUUAGUAAGUCUGUAUUAGUGUGGUUCGGUAUGUACAUUGCAUCCCAUUUAUUCAUUGGUUUUAAUGUUUAAUGCCUUAAAUCAGAUAGGUCUUACAUAA